GUGCGCGCGUGCGGAUGAUUCAGCAGCCCUUGUAGCUGCAGUAAGUCUCCGCAGCUCGUCUCUCAAACGGACCCCAGGCGGACGCCGAGCACACGGACGGUUUUUAUGUGGACGCUAACGACUGACGGCCAGCAGACCCGUGCAGGUAGUGCGUGUGAGACCCCGUAGUGCUCGGCGGAGGACGGGCCGGAGAGCAGCGGCGAAGCAGCGCACAGAGGACCGCCGCGUCGCCCCUCUCCGGUCUCCCUGUGGAUUUAAUCCUCACGUAUCUGGCCUUUUAUCGUCCGUUGUCUGCUCUCAGACCCCCUUCGUUUGGAUCUAAGCCCAGGCCAUCCUGACUGACAUCCAGUGGGUUUCAUUCAAGCAUCUCAGCUUCGACGUUUCCGCAUUUUGACGUCCCAUGCCGCGCCUUUCCAGCAGACGAGGAAGGUGUGUGUGUUUCCGACCUCAGCGUGCUGAAAGACGAGACUGACGGUGUCCAGUCCCAACCAUCUGCUGUGUCGCUGCUCCAUCUGUGAACUCUGCUCCGACAGCUUUUGGCCUUUUUCUCAGUCUGAGAGUGUGGAUGAAAUGUGAGCUCAGUGCCAGCCUCACCUGAGAGCCUGGAGCACUUCCUGUGUAGAGACCACAGCAUCUGGCAGUGAGCCGAGAACUGGAGCAUGAAGACAUCGAUAACCAUUGAGGAAGAGGAGGAGGAGGAGGAAUGACAGGCUAAUGGAGAGAAGAGGAGCAGUGAGGAGGGAGCAGAUGGGAAACAAAGGAGAUAUGUUACAUGCUGGAUGUCCUAAUUCAGCUCCUCCUCCUCGGUGUCUCCAUGGUGACGUGGGUGGAGUCUGAUGUCAGUCCUGUUUGUUGAUGAUCCUCCCACCAUGCCCACCAUGGUUUCAAGGCUGCCCAAGUUCGGUUUGCGGACAAAAUCUGCUACACUUUCCAACAGCACUCAGACGGGUCCAGCAGCCACCGCGAACACCUGCACCUCCAACAGCACCCGCCUCACCAACGGGUUCUACCACCAUCCAGGUCCAGCGGAGGUCAACGAAACUUUAACUGCACCCCCUGCUUCUGUUAAACAGAAUGGAUUCAUCAGAGUGCCAAUAUCGUUUUCUGUGAAAUUGAGGAAAGAAAAUGAGGCGGUGGAGGAUGGGGGGACCAACAACGAAAUGGAGCAGAAAAGAGGAAAGGGUGGGAAUGUUGGGCAGAAUCGAUCUGGUACUAAUGUCCCUCAGUCUCAUUCUCACCGGCAGCAGGGAUCACCGGUGGUUUCACAACGUGACGGCAAGAAGCCAACUUCUGCAGGAAAGGGACGUGGUUUUGGCCAUCCCGUGACUUCUGCACCAUCACCGCAGUCCAGCCCCAGAGUGCUUCCUGCCUCUAAAAAUGCAUCUCAUGGUUCCAAACCCAGUCAAACUGCAUUUGGGCUAGUCAGUGGCACAAAGCAGACCCUAAAUUGUCUUUCUGGAUCCAAACGAUGGAGUGGAACCCAUGGUUCUCUGAGACAGCCUCAUAGCUUUGUUCAUUCUGGUAGUUCUAGGCCAGCUUCUGGCCCUGGUUCUCGAUCUGGUUCCCCACUACAAAAGAAGCCGCAGGCCAGCCGGUCCCACUCCAGUGACAGCCUCGGGUCUGCAACGUCUAUCCGGCUGACUGAAAACGAUCGUUUUCGGUCACGUAGCCUCAUCCAGGUCCAACGGCAGCCCUCCCCCACCCUGACUCGAAACCCCAGCAUCACCCGCUCUUACUCCAUCAACAGGCCUGCUGGGCGAGGACUCAAGGAGCUGACAACUUCCUCCACUCAGGCUCUGCCUAGAGGCAACUUGACAAAAUCUCUGGUUACUAGUCAGUCUCAGGAGGGACCUGGCAGAGGUGGAGGCAUCAAAGUUCAAAGUUCUGCUGCUCCAGGGAGAUCAGGGGUUGGCAUCCCCUCCCUGCUGCCCUUGUCUGCCUUAAAGAAGCCCCUCCUACCCAGCCUUGGCCCCUCCUCCAAGCCUACUGGCAUCAGCUAUAAGCUGUCACGCCCGUCAUUCAACAAGCAGCCCCGCCCCUUGCGAGUGACUCCGCCCAGAGCGUCAGAGGGGGACCCAGAAGUGACGCAUGGGCUGACAGCAUGGAGAAGCCCAGUAGAGACGCCCUCUGCGACAGAACAGAACAGCCCAGAAAGUAACCCAGAGACACCAGGGCCAGAGGGGCUGGCCACAGAGCCUACAUCCCAGGGCGAGGUGUCCAUUGUGGGGGAGACACUGGAGGACAUGUCCCUGUCCUCCAACUCGUCUCUGGAUAGAAACGACAUCAGUCAGGAGUAUAUGGAUGACUUUGACAACCUCGGAAACGGAGGGGUGGGCAUUCUGCUUCUCUCCUCUAAAAAUGAUGAGGACGACUCUGGGCUCGACCGGUCGUGUGCCAGGUUCGAUGAUGAGAAGGUGGCUGUCGGUGGUGUAACCAAGGCAGCGGGACUCUGUUUUCUGGACGGCAGUGUGGACUGGCCCAGCAUGCAACUCAGUGCUGAGCAAGGAGAGCAUCAGCUGACCCGACUCCCCCACAGGAGGAGGUCCAGUCAGCCGGACUACCAUGACCAGGUACCAGUUAGACAGGAGACUCCUGCACUCAGCAAAAGUCACCAGCCACUGGGCUGUUCGUCCCUUGACCUGUCCCCCUCGGACAGCUGUGGGUCGGGGGGAACCUACAUGUGGGACGAGGAGGGCCUGGAGCCACUGGGGGGCGCCGCCAUGACCGCCUCCAUCAACACCAAUACCAACAGCAACAGCACCCAUCACAUCGGGAGCUUUGACUCCGACCUCAACAGCAUCGACAUCUUGAACAACCUGGACUCUUGUGAUCUGGAUGACGAUGACCUCAUGCUGGACUCAGACGUUGUAGAAGAUGCCUCGCUGCACAGCGAAGGAGCUGGGAUUUCUCACAUGGCUCAGUGGAGAAAGAGACAGCUUUGCUGGGGAACGCAGGACGUUCACAACGACAAUGAAAGUGAUUUCCACUGCUACGAACUGACCGAGGAUCCGGGGAAUAAGAGGACAGACGCGACCAGGGACAGUGACCUCAUUCUGGACCUCUGUCCACCAAGCUCUUCCUGUCUGUCUCCUGGUAGUCCCGGUUUGGGUCUGGAUGUGGAGGAACUGGCUGAAGACUGCUCUGUGGUCAGAUCACAGCUGGAGUACCUGCAGAGGUUGUUGCUUCAGGAGGAGGAUGUGGACGAUGACGCUCUGACCACAGACACCCCGAGUCUUGAAGCCAGCGACUCCUCGCACGGCUCCCACUCGCAGGUGCAGGCUCUCCUGCAGGAGGUGCAGCAGCUCAGACAGGAGCUGAGAAGCCGAGACCAAACCAUCGCUCAGCUCACCCUGCAGCUGACCGCCCCCACGGUGACCACCAGGUGCCGCUGCCGGGAGACGCCAGGAAGGAUGGAUCGACACACGCAGACGAGUGUGGCGGAGAGAGAGAGCGUGGCCUCACAGACACCGUGGAGAGAGCACACUUCACAGAUACUUCACUCCUCCUGCCAGGAAGACCAGGAACCACUGAUGGACCGAAGCCCAGCUCCGCCGCCCACUGAAGCUCUGCCUCCCACCCACCCCUGCUCCACCCGGCUUGACACCCCCGUCCUGGACUGUCCUGACCGCGUGACCGAGAUCGGAAAGGAUUAUGGGAAAAGCACCAGGAAGGAGGAGGAGAAAGGCGAGACGACUGAGAGGAGGAGAACCAGAUCCCUACAUCCACCGCAGCCCUCCAGACUCGGCCUGUUCCUGUCUCAGACCUCCAGCUCCGCCUCAGCUGCUGCCGGGCCGCUGAGGACGAGGGCGGCCCAGCAGCAGCAGCUUCACGACCCGCAGGGCAGUUCUGGUGUUAGGGUCAAAAUGGUGGCCGUCACCUCUGGCUCCUCCCGCCUGCCCAAGCCAAAGAGCCACUGAGGUGUCGGUCGCUCUGAGCAGCUUCUUAACACGCAGCGAUGUGAGCCGACGAGCCGACUCGUCCUCUGCCUCGCUAACUCCGCCGUAGUCCUAAACUCUGGUUCUAAUCCUCACUAAAUAAUUUAAGCUGUAAAUGAGGUUUAAUAAUAUUUAUUUAUUGUUAAUAGCUGAAGCACUGUGACUGAUAAUAAAGGUUUAAAAACUGUCGACACUUUA